AUGAAACAACUAGAUGAUGUUUCGACAGAACAUGUCUAUCCUGGAGCGUUCACCAACGGGUUUCGUGGAGUUGCGCAGGUCUUCGUGUUUGCAUCAACCUUCUACGUUGGAGUGGAAGCUGUUGCAGUUGCGGCCACAGAGACAAAGAACCCAAGUGUCGCAGUCCCCUUGGCUAUCAGGCAGGUCAUUUGGCGCAUCCUGUUCGUCUACAUGGGUGUUGCAUUCUUCUUCGGCCUCACCUGCCCUGCGAACGCCGAUGGUCUGAUCAAUGGAGAGAGCCGCGCACUGAAGAGUCCAAUGACAAUUGCGAUCCAAAACGCUGGUUGGGAAGGUGGGGUGCAUCUUAUCAAUGCUUUCAUCUUCAUUACUGUCGUGUCGGCGGCCAACAGCUCAAUCUACAUUGGUUCUCGCACUAUCCUGUUCAUGGCAAAAGAGGGCGGCGCACCAAGAUUCUUAGGCUGGACCAACAGCCGCGGAGUUCCCGUGUAUGCCAUCAUCCUUACCAAUUUGUUCGGCGUUCUGUCGAUGAUGAAUGUGUCAACUGGUGGCGGCAAAGCGUACUCGUACAUUAUCAACCUGAGCGGCGUCUCGACUUUCUUGGUCUGGGCAGGUAUCUCGCUUACACAUAUUCGAUUUCGGCAAGCAUGGAAGGCUCAAGGUCGUUCACCGAACGAGCUUCCUUUCAGGUCCGCCCUGCAUCCAUGGAAUGCCUACUUCGGUCUGUUCGCCAACGUUUUCCUUGCGUUUGUACAAGGCUGGGCUACGCUAUCACCCUUCGAUGCUGGCAUGUUUGUGGAUGCAUACAUUCUACUCCCGUUGUUUGCCGUCAUCUUCUUCGUUUACAAGUUCUGGAAGAAGACAAGGUGGUGGAGGAGUCACGAAGUUGACCUCAAUUCCGGAAUGAGGAAGGACUUGGACGCGAAGGAUGAGACCAUCGAACCUGUUGGACAGAAGAGUUUCUUGGAGCGUAUUUGGACUAGCUUCUAG